AUGAUAAUCACCUUCACUGAAAUGGAUGACAAAGGUGUUAACAAAGAACCAAAUAAGAAAUUAAACAUUUCCUUUUGUGAAGAAGAGUCUGAGAAUGAAGGGCAGAAGACAACACAAGAGAGCAAGGAGGCCCUGAGACAAAGUCCCAAGAAGAGUGGUCAGGCUGCGAAGACCCCACCCCAAACCCCCAGGAAGAGUGAAGGUCAGGCUGCGAAGACCCCACCCCAAACCCCCAGGAAGAGUGAAGGUCAGGCUGAAAAGACCCCACCCCAAACCCCCAGGAAGAGUGAAGGUCAGGCUGCUGCGAAGAUCCCACCCCAAACCCCCAGGAAGAGUGAAGGUCAGGCUGCGAAGACCCCACCCCAAACCCCCAGGAAGAGUGAAGGUCAGGCUGUGAAGACUCCAGCCCAAAGCCCCAAGAGGGGUGAGGCUUGGGAAGUGGAGGUUCACAGCACUCCCCUCAAGAACAUAUGUGGACCCGGGAAAUCUAAGGAAGACAAGAAAAGUCAAAAUUUGCUUCUGAGGACUCCGGGGCCACAACAAUGUCCCAGGUAUCCUGGGACACCAGCUCCAGCUGCCCGCAGAAGCAGCCUGAAGCAAGAUAACAACCCCUCCACUCCCAAAAGUCUUUCAAGCCAGCAAGUGAAUUCUUCAACAAAAAAGGUCCUCCCUGGAAGCUCUAAGCCUUUGUGGCCCACACCUGGUUACCUCAUGGAUGAGGCUGCUUCAUUGUCUGGAGUCAGUAUUAACCCUUUCAUCCCUGAGUCCUAUAAGAAAAUAUUCCCUCAAUCAAAGGGCAAGAGGAAAAUCACAGGAGACCCUGAGGAAUCUGGUGCAGAGAAAGGCAAAGUACAACGAAUGCUGCAUCCCAAGGAAAGUAUUCUACGAGGAGUUAACAUGACUUCCCGCUAUGAAAAGGAAUUCUUGGAAUUAGAAAAAAUUGGAGGUGGGCAAUUUGGUACAGUCUACAAGUGUGUUAAGAGGCUGGAUGGAUGUGUUUAUGCAAUAAAACGCUCUACUAAACCUUUGGCACUAUUAUCAAAUGAGAAUUUGUGUUUGCGGGAAGUUCAUGCUCACGCAGUGCUUGGGCAUCACCCCCAUGUGGUACGCUACUAUUCCUCAUGGGCAGAAGAUGACUGUGUGAUCAUUCAGAAUGAGUACAGUAAUGGUGGGAGCUUGCAAACUGCUAUAUCUGAAAACAUGAAGUCUGGUAAUCAUUUCCAAGAGCCAAAACUCAGAGAUAUUCUUCUGCAAAUUUCCUUGGGACUUAAGUAUAUCCAUAACUCUGGCAUGGUACACCUGGACAUCAAGCCAAGUAACAUCUUCAUUUGUUAUAACAUGCAAAGUGAUUCUCCUGGAGUCCCAGAAGAGGAUGAAAAUGAAGCUGAUUGGUUUCUUUCUGCCAGUGUAAUAUAUAAAAUUGGUGACCUGGGCCAUGUGUCAUCAAUAAGCAAACCUCAAGUGGAAGAAGGAGAUGUUCGCUUCCUAGCUGAUGAGAUUUUACAAGAGGAUUACCAAAAUCUUCCCAAAGGUGAUAUAUUUGCCCUAGGAUUAACAAUUGCAGUGGCUGCAGGAGCAGACACUUUGCCAUCCUGUGGUGUAGCGUGGCAUCACAUCCGCAAGGGUAACUUUCCGGCCAUUCCUCAAGAGCUCACAGAAGAUUUUUACAAUUUGCUCAAGAAUAUGAUCCACCCUGAUCCCAGGGAGAGACCUUCUGCAGCAGCUCUGGUUAGAAGUCAAGUUCUCCGGCCCUCCCUAAAGACAACUGAGGAGCUCCAGCAGCAGCUAAACUUGGAAAAGUCUAAGAUAGCCAUGCUGGAAAGGCAACUGAGAGAAGUCCAGCACACCCAGUUCUCCCAGGGAGACACCCAUCACAGCGACUCGGAGGACUCUGUGGGCCAAAAAACAUCUAGAAGCACAAAACUCCUGGUGGGAAGAAAGAGUGCAAAAUCUUCAAGCUUUACCUGUGGGGAACCUUCCCCAUAAUAACUCACUUCACACUGGCCAGCUUUAUUCCAUAAAGCCUCCAGAAAAAGAUAUUGAUAACUCAAACUUCCUCUUACAAAAUGGAAAAACUGGGCUGGAGAUUUAGCUCAGUGGUUCUGGUGCCUGCCUUG